AUGGUAGAUGUGCAAAAGAGAAAAAAGUUGCUAGCCAAAGCUGCUGCCAGCGCUUCUAUUCCGGCAAUCAAAGGUUCUGUUCCGUUGGACUCGUAUGAUAUAAAAAUCAUUCAAUAUAAGAACGCUCUUUACAAGCUGAAUGAACUGAAUAGGCUACUAAACGUUCUGGUACCGCAUUUGAAGAAGAAAAGAGACAAUGACGAGUCCUACAAAAUUAUUCCCCUCGUUAAUUUCAUCUUAUCACUUUGUGAGGGUCCUAUAUUUAAUGUAAGCCCCGUAUUGGCUAAGAGGUACCAUUUGCUCUGUCGAUUCCAGCUGAUAAAGCUAAGCGAAGUGCAGCAGAGAUUAUCAACUAAUUUUAUUGAUGUAGAGGGCUGGAUGUUUCCCGAGGAGGUACCCCUAGAUCACUAUAAAUCGUGCAUAUACAAUAAUUCUCUACAAUGGAAGAUUUUAAAUUCGCUGUCUUGCAUUGCUCAAAAUGCUAUAAAAAUUUAUAAUGCCAAGUUGAGACAGAUUUUAUUGGAAAGGGAUGCGUACAAAGCUCGGUCACUUCCAUUUGACACUUCAAUAAUUGAAGACUUGUUAAAUCCAGUUGAAAUGACAUUGAUUCUAGAUUUAGCCGUUUUGAUUAAUGAUCCAGUAAGGGAUAAGUCCACCCAUUCCUUUUACAAAUUGCAAUGGCAAGUGAUGGAGAAACUGAACUCCUGUGUUCAUUCGAAAAUCUUCCCCAUUCUAAGGACAUAUUACAACCAAUUGCAGAAAUUUUCGGAAACAAGACCUACUUCACUGUCAAAUUUACAGAAGGAUCUACCACAUUGGGAAUGGACUCUACACAGGAUAUACACUUUCCACUUGCGGGUUUUUUCUGUCUUGUGUGUUAUUAUCAGUUUCUCUAGGCAAAUUUUCCUACCGAAUAAACAACAUUUCUUGGACAUCAAGACAAGAUUAUCCAGCGAAAACGUGUACCAUUACGAUUUGAUAAUUUGUGAGCUGAUGGCUUUGCUCUCUCCAGAAUGUGAUGAUGUCACAGCUUUAUUCGAACUGCAGGAGAAUUUAAAAUUUUGGACUCAAACGGCGCGUACCGAUAACAAUUCCUCAAGAACUCCCAUUUUCCACCUUCAACCUGGUUUAGUUGUGGAAUUGUUUAAUAAUCAUAUCUGCAAGAUUAUACCGAAAUUGAGGUCCAUUAUGGGAUUAUUAUCCAAUUGGAUGGAUUGCUGGAAAUAUAUUGAGAAAAAUUAUAAAACCUUCGAUGAAACCAAUGACUUGCGGGAGAAUUUGAAAGAAAAGCUAGAAAGAGAUAAGGCUCUGUAUUUAGAGGUUAAAAACGCGAAAAGUAAGCUAAAGAAGAAGCCGUCAAUAACAAAGCUGCCAGCCUCUUCUUCUCCAUCCCCCUCACCCACAUCUUCAGCAAGCCCAUCAAGACAGGCCUCUUUAGAGAGCAUAAGAACAAGGGCAAGGGCGCAUUUAGCCUCAAAUUCUUCUAGGUCUCCCUCAGUAUCGCCUGUAAGGACCACUUUCAACAAUAAAAACGCAGAAACGAAGAAAAGCGUGGUGUCUCCGGAGAAAAGAAAACUGAUCAACGGCAGAAGGCCUAGAUCCUCAUCUUUGCAAUCCUAUACAAACAAACAACAAACCUCAUAUUUGAAUUCUACAAGACAUCCGUCAAUAGCUCCACCUUCAAAGCUCAACAAUCAAAGGUCCAAUUCUUUGCAGUCCUCAACCAUGACGUUAAAUCAAAAAAUCGUCCAAGAUACAGUGCGGCAUUUGAUGAACAAAAGUGCAUCUACACCCAAUCCUUCUGCAUCUUCAUCGUUAGCGCCUUCACCAAAAGUAUCCAGUAUAAACAACACCUCCUCAGGAAAAUCAUCAAGUACCCUGAUUGCCAAUAGUAGUGAUACUUUGGCUAUAGAGACAUUAACUCUAGAUCCGGAGUCAAACUCCAGUGAAUUGUCCAUCAAAAGGGUGAGAUUUGCUGGUGUACCGCCAAUGACAGAGGCAGAAAAUCCUAAACCAACAAAGGUGGGUUGGUACAAGAAGCCGGCUGUGCUACAUUAUCCGCCAAUACCUGCUUCGGCAAUGAUCAAGCCGCUACAGCAUAAGUCCAAAUAUAACACGCUGAGACAAGAAGAAGGGUUUACCUUUCGAAAAAGUCUUCGAGAUGGAUUAGAGUGGGAAAAUGGCGAAUCUGGCUCCGAAACUACCAUGAUGCCGUUUGGGAUCGAAAUCAAAGAGUCGACCGGGCAUAGAAUAGCUUCUAAAAUCAGAAGCAAAUUGAGAUAA